AAAGAAAACUUUUACAUGCAAACUUUUACAUGCAUACAUAAAAUUCUACAUUACACCGUGUAGUUUUACCAUGUCGAUCUCGCCUGCAGCACCAGGAAGCCCAAUAGCAGCGAAAGAUAAAGGAAAACAGAAGGCUACACAAAAUGACUUCAUCUCUUUCGACGACCUGGCGUCGGAAAGCUCUUCACAGUCAAGCUCUAGCUCAGAUACAUCUUCCGAUAGCGACUCAGACUCGGACUCGGAUGAUGAAGAAAUUACUCAAGAAUACUUGCAGUCUCUUUUGGACAAAGCAAAAUCGAAUGCUCGAGAGUCAGCUAACUUGAAAAAGGCACUCCGAGGAAAUGCGUUCGGUGCUGGAGAAGACAUUAUCAAGCUUGGUGACGAUUCGGAGAGGCCAUUGCCACCAUUGGAUCCUGGAGAACUUCCGCCUGCAUAUUUUGAAUUUGUGAAAGGUCGACGUGACGCCCCAGCGACUGUACGAGACCCAGACAUACAGCGUGCAGAAGCAGCUACCUCUGGAACCGUUAUUCCUGCACCCCCUCCAAAACCAAUGCUUACCGGCAAAAUGUCAACUAAAAAACAGCGAAAAACUAUGAGAAAUCAAACUGCUGGUCCAAGCUGGUUUGACCUUCCGGCACCUGCUGAAGCUGAUUUGCCCCGAUUGCACCGCGAAGUAGAAGCUCUCCGCCUGCGCAAUCAACUAGAUCCCAAGCGCUUCUACCGUAAAGACGACGGCGAUGGUAAAGGUAUUAAAGGACUUCCAAAACACUUCGCUAUCGGCACGAUUGUCACUACGAACACACCAUUCGGCACAGCAAGCACGGAUAACCUUCCUCGCGCACAUCGCAAGAGGACUUUGGUCGAUGAGUUGGUCGACGACGCGGAAGCACGACGAUAUGCGAAGAGGAAGUUUGAGGAUCUGCAGGCCGUGAGGGGCGCGAGAGGGAAGAAUACCUUACACCAAAAGAAAGCGUUGCGCAAACCGAAGUGGUGAUUCUGAAGCACGCACUUCUCACCCAGUCAGGCCAGUUGCUCAUCAGGUAACACGCAACCUUGUAUACGACCAGUGACGUGAUUAGUCGAAGCGUUGCCUUUUGCCUGCAAGGUCCGUUUCCCCAGCAAACCCAAGAACACCGAUACGAAUUACUUGUGCUAGUCGGUUGACGCGGCCUGUGGGGCAUCAC